CAAAAUAUUUACGCUCCGCGAUUUAGUCGGCACACUGCCGUUCUUAGAAGUGGUUACUGACAUAAUGUUGUCCAGAGCUAUUGUGUUAGCUGCCUUCUUUUGUGUCGCGAGAGCGAGUGUGGUUGUGAAUAUUUUCGACGAUGAUUCAGAUGAAAAUCAGUUGUCUGAUACUCGUAGCUGCAACCUGCAGUGGUGCGAACAGCAAUGUCGCCGUAUGGGCUUCAAAGGCGGCGUCUGCGUCGGUGACAGGUGCAAGUGUGACAUCUUGACUUCUGAUGAUGAGUAUGGGACUCAAUUGUCGGACAUGCGAAGUUGCAACCUGCAGUGGUGCGCGCAGCAAUGCCGUCGUAUGGGCUUCCCAGGAGGCGUCUGCGUCGGCGACCGCUGCAAGUGUGACAUCAUGGAUGCUGAAGGUAUUGUUGAAAAAGAGUUGUCCGAUGUUCAAAGUUGCAACCUGCAAUGGUGCGAGCAGCAAUGCCGACGUAUGGGCUUCCCAGGAGGCGUCUGUGUCGGUGACCGCUGCAAGUGUGACAUCAUGACCUCUGAUGGCACAGCAUUACAACCCCUGUCAAAUGUGGAAACCUGCGACUUGGCAGAUUGCAACAGACGUUGCCAGGCCUUCGGCUACAACUCUGGGGUCUGCAUUGGAGGCCGCUGCAUGUGUAAAAUCCGUAAAUACGUAGAGACAGAUUUGGAAGCGUCGCCUAAUUUGGGAAUAUGUGAACAGCAAGACUGCAACGACCAGUGCCGUCGCCGCGGCUUCUUUUCCGGAGUUUGCGUCGGAAAUGUAUGCAUGUGUAGAGUCCAAGAUUCCGAAGAAUCCAUCUUAAAGCCGCUGCCCCAUGAAGGUAGUUGCAACCGAAAGCAAUGUAACAUGCGUUGUCGUGCUUUCGGCUUCCACUCUGGAGUAUGUGUCGACGGUAAUUGCAUCUGUAAAAAAAAAUCUGAAGACAUCGAAUCUUCGUCGUCCGUUGAUGGUUGCAAUAAAUCUAUAUGUCAAUUGAAGUGUAUGCGCAAGGGCUAUGUUCGAGGCAGAUGUCGUCAUGGUCAUUGCGAAUGUGCCCGUACCGUGUCUGAAGAUAAUGAAAUAGACAGCGAAAUUCGAACACAGUCAGCUGAACAAACAGACAUCGAAUCCUCGUCAUCCGUUGGUGGUUGCAAUAAACCUUCGUGUCAAUUGAAGUGUAUGCGCAAGGGUUACAUCCGAGGCAGAUGUGUUCAUGACCAUUGCAAAUGUGCCCGUUUCGUAUCUGAAGGUAAUGAAACUGACAACGAAAACACAACUCAAGCUGCUGGACAAACAUCUAUAAAUACAAAUAGUCCGUCAUAGCUUAAAUAGCAAAUGCAAAAUGUUGGACUCCAUCUGAUGACGCAAAAUAAUAAUUAUUUUUAUACACUAAGUUUUCAUAAUACAACUAUAUAGGCUUGGAGUAGGUCUACUGUUAAGGGCAUAUUGAUUAACCGGAUAGUAUUAAAUAUGAACCGGUCAUUGCGUAUCAUGACCAAAACACAUUGACUAUCAAAAGUUGUAAUUCCCGGUAGGUUUGAAAUGGCUUGAUUUUUAUCUUGGAGCGGACAGUGUGAAUACUGCUCUACUUCUAGCCGGACAAUAUGAUAAAUUCGGCCGUGAAGUGUUUGCACCUACAUUCAUUAUCUUUGUUGAUUUUCACCAGAUUAUCGUCAAAUUCUUAAACUGUUAUUCGUAGGAAAUAUUUUUAUCAAACGUACUGACAUUCAACUACUUCGUUGGAUAUUUUUUAUGUGCCUACCUUUAUAUAAGAAUUAUGUAAGUUUCUUCUUCCUUCUUCUAAUCUUUUUAAUAUCCCAGGUUGGGAUGUAGGGCUCGGAUAACAGAUUUCCACUCCUCGGGAUCUUUUGCAGCCUCUGUAGUUUGGUCCCAUGAUUGAGUUUUUAACUCUCGGUCAACCGCGAACGUCGCUAGGUCUCUUUGGGCCGCCCCCUUUUGCGCCCAAAAUUAAUUAAAUUAAUUAUGUAAGUUUAAUUUGAUUUAAUAAACAAAACAUUAA